GUUGAAAUGAGGGGUUACCUCAAAACUCUAAACUGGGUAUUUAAACUCCAGCCCAAAAGAACUACUAUAGGAAGACACAAAGACUCUGACCUCUGUCUACAGAAUAGUGGGGUGGAUGAGUGUCAUGCCACUAUUGACUGGUGUGAAGCGGACAGCUGCUAUGUUAUUUGUGACUUAAACUCUGCCCACGGGACCUACGUCAAUGACUGUCGGAUACACAACGUCACUGUCCGCCUCUCUGCGGGAGACCAGCUUCACUUUGGCUACGGAGGACCAACCUAUGAGCUCUCCAUUGACAGAGAGAAAUCAUUUCCUCUUCUGGCUGCCCAGUCUCCCAUUCCCCAGGCCUGGGUACGAGCUCGGACCCCUUCUGUUUCACCUCACCCUCCCACCAGACCUCGCCCCAUGAGCGCUGGGUCUAAACGGGGUCCAAAUACACCUGAUCGCAAAACUCAGUCUAGCAGACCAGGAAGCUGGAGUGGUAACACAGGGAAAGGAUGUUAUCUAAGAAGUAAGACACAGCCUCACAAUUCUCAAAGCAUUAACUCCUUGCCACUGGAGGAGGAAGAGAGGUUGCAUCGGCUUGGAGAGGGACAUCUUCGAGUGUCUGUGUGCUUUGAGGAUGAGUCCCAAAGGAAGGAUGAUGUGAUCGUGGCCCUGAAGGAGGAAGUGUCAGCUCUCAAGCUCCAGCUGUCUCAGAAGAAGCAGGGUGAUCCAGAUGUCACACACAGACUUCGCUGCCUGGAGAGUGACAUCAAAGAGAAGAAAGAUCAGAUACAGCAGCUAAAGGAGCAGAUGCUGGAACUUCAGAGAUAUUCUGGAGAGAUGCUCGGACAGGCUGUUACAGAGAGAGACCAGAAGAUCAGGAGUCUAUCAGAACAGAUGAAUAAACUGAGAAAUGAAAAAAAUUCAUCUACAGCAUUGAUUAGCAGUUUGCAGAGAGAUGUGUCUGCUCGAGAUAAACAGGCUCUUAAACUAGCAACUGAGGUGGACAAGCUCAGAAGAGAUGUGAGAGACAAAGAAGCCAAGCUCACAAGCAUGAUGGACAAGUUGAAAGACACCCAGAAGCAUCAGAAUGAGCUACUUGCCAGGCAGCGUGAGGCAGAAUCCCUCAAGAAAGAACAGGCUUCUCUGCUGGCAGAGAUAGACAGACUGAAGCAGCUUCAUGAGGAGACGCAGCAGAGGGAACAAAGAGUAUUAGCAGAACUCAAACAAACACAGUCAAGGUUUGAUAGUUUUCGCGACCAGAUCGUCAAGACUGUACGUGUUUCUGACAAAGAAUCAGACCAAAAGGUGUUGGACUGUUUAUCAGAGCUAAUGGAACAGAUGGAGAUGUACAAAACCAAAGUGCAUGACUUUAAAACGAAAUUCAAAGAGGAAGCUCACACGCAGAAGAAAAUGUUGGAUGAGACCCAGAAAUUUCGAGCCAGACUGCAAGAGUGUCAGAGUCUAGUACAAAAUGCAUGCAUUGCGGACACAGUGCAGAUGGAAAUAUCUAGGCUGCAGGAUAUGAAUUUGAGUCCUGCUCUCAGCUGGGUUCAGGAGCAUUCGCUGAUUAUACUGAAGCUCUUGCACACAGUACUGCAAAAUGCUGCUCAGAUGUUACAGGCAUCAGGGGUUGAUGUCUCAAUGAAGACUGGAGGAGUAUCAGGUGCCUUACAGAUUUUAUGCCAGGACCACAAGGACAUCCAAUCAGAGCUCACAAAUCUAAAGUCUGAGAUGCAGAAGCUUCAGAAGACAGAGAUGCAGAGCAGAGAUCUUCAAAGUGGUCUAGAGUUCAUGCAAAAGCAGUUUGAGUUGGAGAAACUUCAGCAGGCAGCUGAGGGACAGAGAGAGAUGAAAAACACACUAUUGCAACAGUUGGAAGAGGUCAAGGCUGAUCUACAGUUAGUGAGACAAACUGAGAGUUCCUUGCACAGGGAGAUAGAGACACGCAAGGCUGAGUGGCAAACCAAGAUGGAAGAAGCCAAGAUACGAGAGGCAGAGUUGAAAGAAACACUACGUGAAUUACAUCUCAAAGAGGGGGAGAGGAAUGAGAAGAUGAAGCAGUGUGAGGAGAGAGAGGCGAAGGCCCUGCAGAGAGGAGCUCAAGAGGAGAGAGAGAAACACAGGGUCGAGGUAGAGGAGUACAGGGAGCAGGUGCGACAGCACGCAUACACCAUUGUUGCAAUGGAAACACAAAUAAACAAAGCCCAGCAGAGUGAGGAAAGAUGGAGAGAGAUGGAGGAGGAGAGAGACUCACUGAAGGACCAACUCAAAGAGGCGCUCGAUAGACUGGAGGGCUUUGAAAGCAACAUCAAAUCUUACACAUCAGAAAAACAGGAAAAUGAGGAACUGGAAUCAAACCAUAACAUCCCUCCGUAUUUAGACAUUUGGCCUGCCCCGAAACCAGUUGCAACAGCUCUGCGUAUGGCAUCUCUGGUCUCAUCCCAACAGGAAGUCGUCAGUCAGAAUGAGAUCAUCAAUGCCUUAAGUCGUGACCUGGCCCAGGCUCAUGCUCGGCUCUCUGACAUGACAGGACAACUAAGUGAACAGCAGAAGUUGGAGUUGGAGAGUCAUAAAGCUUUAGUUGUAGACCAGAAGAUCCAACUGAGCAUGCUCACACAGAAGCUUACCAUGAUGUCCCAACUAGUGGAACAGAAAGAUGAAGAAACAAAGAAACUGGGAGAAAAACUGAGACAAACUGAGGAAGACCUGAAAAGUAAAGCAGCAGCAUAUAGAGAGAUGGAGAACACAAGCCUUGUUCCACUUCAAAUCUCAAGAAAUACUAGAGAUGUGGCACUCAUGACAGCUCCUAAUGAUGUCAUCAAUCAGGGGUCAAAACAUAAAGGUCAUCGCCGUGAGGAAGCGAUACUUCAACAGCAGGAAGGUUUGCGUGACAUGAGGGAGCGAAUCAGAGCUCUAGAACAGAAGUGGCCUAGCAAGCGUCUGACCCAGCAGGGGGAGCCAGAGAAGCAGGGUUGGAUGAAGGCUCAGAGGCUUCAGAGAUCUGCAGCUCAGAGAGGAUCCAUCAGUUCUGUGAGUGGUUUUGCAUUCCCCGAAGCUCUGACUGAGGCUGCACGAGAGCGUACAGCCAGACUGGACAUGUCCGAUGCUCUGGAGCUCAGUGAGAAAACGUACCUGGAGCUAGUGCAAGUGCUGCGUGAGGCUCUGGAGCUCAGUGAUGGUGACCUGUCAGGGUGUGCUAGUUUAAAGCACCUACCUCCUGAUGAGAGACAGCACAUAGUCUCUAUGAGACAAACAGACCUGGAGUUUGUGAAAACCCACUUUGAACUACAGAACAGCCAGAGCCAACAGCAACAACUACUGCUGCAGGAGAACCAGAGAGAGAUACACACACUCAGAGAGAGACAAGUGCUGGGGUCCCAGACACAGGCUGAGCUUGAGAGUGUGAAGGCAGAACUGGAGGCUCAAAGACAAGAGACAGAGCAGCUUCACCAGGCUCUACAGGAAAGCAUCAACCAGCUGCAGAGAAACCAGCAGGAAUGCAGUGUAACCAACAGAAAUAAUAGGGGCCUUAGUGCAGAGAGAACGGGCAGAAGGAGUGGAAGAGUGGGCCAUCACAACUGUAUACCAAAUGAAAGCUAUGAAAAGGCCCCAGCAGUGAAGAAACGGAUCUCACAGAUGAAGCUGAAAAAGAGAGAGAGUGAGGUGAAUAAUCUGAAUAAAGAAAUGGGACAGAAACAGCAGAUCUGUUCAGUGGUCUCUGAUUUGGCCAACCCUCUGCAAGCCUCAGAGAGCUCCCAAAUCCCCCUGCUCACUGAGGCCCAUUAACAUGGACACAACUUAAGACCACUCAUAAUUAUGCAACUGUGCAUUAUUCACACUUGGGUACAGGGAUCAAAAAAUGUUAAUAUUAAAGGAUGUUAUAAUAUUUCUUAA